AUGGUAGUAGCAGAGAAGCCCAUUCCACCCCGUAAAGCUGGUCCAGGACUAGUUAAAUCCAUAUUUAGCGAGCCUCAGGAUGCUGAGAAAAAACGUAUCGUCGCAAGAAAGGAAUUGAUGUAUUAUGAAAAGUUGCAACGAGAGGAAAAGGAACAAUCUAAAAAGUCAGAAAGGACGAGAGAUGUUGAACUACGAAAUAUGGCAGAUUCAGUGUGGGCGUUUGGGAAGGUACGAGCAGGGAAUGGCAAGGCCGCACCACUAGAAAUACUCGAAUACCGAGACCGUGAAAGUCAAAAGAAGAAGGAAUAUGCAAAACAAAUAGUGAAGCAAUUACAGCAGAACGAAGAAUACAGACAGCAUACUCACAAAGCAGACAGUGUUCAGCCAACAACGGAAUGGCUAAAGCCAGCUAUUGAAAGUUAUGUAGAUGGCAGGCCACCGAAAUUCAAGGUCAAACCACAGUCAGCUUCUUCUGGAGAAGAACGAGUCGACAUCAUCAGUGGCAGAAUACUACCAGCACACCACCAUCAAGAGUUUCGACGAACCAAACGAGCUAAUCGUGAUGGCUCAAACAUUCCUGGUCGAGAAGAACGUCCACUUGUUGGAUCACAUCCUACACAAAUGGAGUCUAAACAACUCUUCCAGCCCAUACUCCAGGCUCAUCUACUCUCCCUACGUGCACAACCAGCACCAGUGAACUCUCUCCCGAUUGGCAACUCAUACAAGACGAUUUCCAAUGAUGUUUACGCUCCUAGACAGACCACGGACGUCGUGCCACGAAGGCCAAGUGGCCUGUCGAUGAAGCUGCAUGAUCCAGAUCACGAUGAUCCCAAAGAGCCAGGCUACUUCCACUUUGGAAGGCCUGGAAACGGAGCGCCAGUCAUGUUUAAAAGGAAUGACGACAGUCUUGAAAUUGAUCCACGAUUACGAGCAGUCAAGGAGCCGCACGUGAAGUAG